GGAGAGAAAACCAACUGGAUUAUGCACGAGUACCGUCUCGCCGACGUUGACCGCUCCGUUCGCAAGAAGAAGAACAGCCUCCGGCUGGACGAUUGGGUUCUUUGCCGGAUUUACAACAAAAAAGGAGCUAUCGAGAGGCGAGUACCACCGCCGACCCCGGUUGUUUACGGCGGAGUCACCGACGAAAUCGUGGAGGAGAAGCCGAAGGUGACGGAGAUGGGGAUGCCUCCGCCGCCGCAACAGACGAGUGAGUUCGCGUAUUUCGACACGUCGGAUUCGGUGCCGAAGCUGCAUACGACGGAGUCGAGUUGCUCGGAGCAGGUGGUGUCGCCGGAGUUCACGAGCGAGGUUCAGAGCGAGCCCAAGUGGAACGAUUGGUCGGCGGCUGUAAGUAAUAAUAACACCCUUGAUUUUGGGUUUAAUUACAUUGAUGCCACCGUGGAUAACGCCUUUGGAGGAGGAGGAGGAGGAGGAGGGAGUAAUCAGAUGUUUCCGCUACAGGAUAUGUUCAUGUACAUGCACAAGCCUUGUUAAGUUCCUUUCUUUUGCCUGCCCCCGAAACGAAACGCCAAAACGCUCCGUUUGUUUUCUGCGUUUUUAAUGGCAACACGAGACCGUUUGUAUGGUGGUCAAUGAGUGUGCCAAUUCGGAGGUGCUGCUGCCAUUAGAUUUGUUGUUGUUGUUGUUUUAUAUAAGACCGUCAAGAUUUCAGGUAAUUCUUGAUCGGACGGUGGUCGUUGUUGUUCGAUGUUGGUCUGUGUAUCUACUGUUAGGAAGAAAAAAAACUCCACUGGUCAUAAAAGUCAAAAAGCUAUCAAUUUAAUAUUUUCUUUCUGCUUAAUCAAUCAUCCACAUGAUUUUGUUGA